AGAUGUUUAUUUAUUACAUACAUACCUGUUGUCUGUACUUGGGAUAAACAUGGCAGAAAGAGUACAUAGUGACUCUGUAGCAGGCACAAGGUGAGUAAUACUCCAGCAAACUAAGGCAAGACAGCGAAAAACAAACACAUGGUUAAUAAGAAUUAAUUUUGGAGACUGGACGUAUUACACUGCUCUCAACUCACAGCCAUGGCCGCUUGAAACAGGAGCACAGACAACUAUUCAGAGUAGCGCAGAUGGCACGCUAAGGCACAACCAUGCUGUGUAUGGGCGAGAGGUACCCAUCAGAAUUUGGUGACCGCACAGACUUGGAGCCAGACUUGCUCAAUUUUAAGAAGGGAUGGAUGUCCCUGCUUGAUGCCAAUGGAGAGUGGAAGAAACACUGGUUUGUCCUGACUGAUUCCAGCCUCAAGUAUUACAGGGAUUCCAAUGCAGAGGAGGCAGAUGAGCUGGAUGGGGAGAUUGAUCUCCGGACUUGCACCAACGUGCCUGAAUUUGCCGUACAGAGAAAUUAUGGCUUUCAGAUUCAUACACGUGAAGGUGUGUUCACACUUUCUGCUAUGACUUCUGGGAUACGCAGGAACUGGAUUGAGGCACUGAGAAAAAAUGUGCACCCUGUCAGCAUCCCUGAUGUAACCAAAUUGUCUGAGAGUAACAAGGAGAAUACCUUUGUUCCACCACGAAACACAACUAAUCGGCCUGAAGAGUUACGUUUGGGAUCAGAAGUCAAGCAUAGGAAGGUAGAGUUUACCGGCACCCGACACAGUUCAUUCGAUUAUGUCGAGCUGUCCCCACUUUCUCCAGGGGACGAAAGGGAUCAGAGGUUAGAAGAACGUAGGCGCUGGUUUGAAGCACCCCCUAUCGGAGAGACACAUACCGCUCGUCGUGUUCCUCAAGUGCUUACGGAGGAGCAGAAGCAGAAAGCUAAUGAGGAGAUAGAAGCUAAGUGGAAGGAACUAGAACGUCUUCCCCUCAGAGAUUCCAAACAGACCCCCCUGACCUGUCUUUUAGGAGGAGGAAGGAACAAACUGGGGGACAGCGAUGGAGCACUAGAAAAACAGAUUCAGAGUCUGAAGCUACAGCUGGAAAAAGCUAAAAGAGAGCUAGAGUCUCAGAAAUCAGGAAGUGCUGUUCCUUCUGGCUACAUUUCACAGGAAGCCUGUGAACGAAGUCUUUCUCAGAUGGAGGCUUCCCACCAACAGCUGAUGUCUGAGCUCCAGCGACACCAUGAAUGGGAGAUACAGAGGCUACGGCAGGAGAAAGAGCAGCUGCUUGCAGAAGAGGCAGCUGCCACCGCAUCUGUGAUUGAAUCUAUUCGUAAUGCACAUAAAGAGGAGCUGCAGAGAGAGGUGGAGAAAGCCCGGUCAUUCCAGCAUGGUGGUUCUGCAUCACAAGAUUUGCUUCGCCGACAAAACCAGUCUGAAAUGGUAUCUGUAAGGCGGGAAUUGCAGGCUUUAUCUGAGCGUUACUCGCAGAAAUGCCUAGAGAUUAGUGCACUGAACCAGGCUGGGGAGGAGAGGGAGAAGGAACUACAAAGAUGUCAGACAGAGGGACAGGAGUUGCUGAAGCAGAAUCAGGAACUGAACAAACGUUUGUCAGAGGAGAUUGGGAAACUUCGAUCAUUAACUGCAAGCAAUGGCCCCAGUGAUGGAACUCGCCAAGGGGAAAAGAACAGCACGGAGCUUGAGGUUUUACUGCGUGUAAAAGACAACGAACUGCAAUAUUUGCAAAAGGAAAUUUCCUGCCUACGUGAAGAUCUUGAGAAUAUGCAAAAGGAUAAGCGUUAUGCCUCAGAGAAAUACAAGGAUAUUUACAUGGAACUCAACAAUAUUAAGAGUCGCUCAGAGCGUGAGAUUGACCAGCUAAAGGAACACUUGCGGUUGGCAAUGGCAGCACUGCGUGAAGAGGCCGCACUGCGGAACAGUGUAGGAGAAUAAUGAGCAGAUCUAUGUUCCCAAAAGAUGGAGAUGUAUCAUAUGCACAUAUAAGAACACUGUGAUAUCAAGACUCCACCUCCUGCUCCACAGACCUGCUUCCUUUAUAUGUGAAUCACAGAUUUUUAUACAGUUCUUAUUUUUAUUAUUAAACAGGGAUUUUUCUCUUCUGUGUGUCACAGCUGAAUCAACGUCACAAGGUCACAUAGCCCAGAAGAGUUUCCGUGUGUGCGGAGGCCUGCUGGGAAAUCACCACAUUAUCUGUUACAGAUGCUAAAUUGUAAAUGAUUGUAUUUAAAUGUCAGUCGUGGAUGUAAGGGGAGCAGUGUUAAACACUGGAGUGGCCCGUGCAUUUCCUAAAAUGGCACUGGAUGAAGUUGGGGUGCUUUAUAAGAGCACAGGGUGGGUGCUAUGGGCAGCAGUACAAGAACAACUGCAUGGGGGGAGAAAUGAACAACACUGGGUCUUCAAUGUUUAUUUGUGAUGAGUGUGUUGGAAUGAAGUAAGAGUGAUGUAUUGUGUGCCCAUUAGUGGGGAUAAUUAAAGACUGUGCAGCAAUGUGAGGGUUUGGUAUCCUAUAUAACAUACUGUCUUAACUCAUACCCUGUGAACAACUGAGCAUUUUAGACUAUUAUUAUGGCCUAUCUAAGAUAAGCAGCAAUUGCCGACGUUACUGUAUUGUUCCUAAGCAAGCUUUUUAUUUGCAUUUGUCAUUAUGGUAUAGCUGGAAAGGAUAUGGCUUUUGGUGCUAAAUCACACUGUCUGAACAGAAGUGUGGACAAUAGGAUGUGGCUUAAAGAUACUGUGCAUUUAUGUGAAAUAGAAAGGCUCUGAAUAUGUACAGCCCCCCUCUUAAUCUAACCAGAUGUACCAUAUACCUCUUCAUAAUCUCAUCUGGCUUUAAAUGUUUGUACGUCUGCAUAAGUUGACCUUAAAGUGUCAUAUUUUUAUGGAGUAAAAAAAGUCCAAUCUCGUCAAGCAGCCAAGAUAUCAUUUUUAUUGUCACUCUAAUUGUGUAUUUUUUCUGUAUUUAACAUCCUACAUGCUCCAAAUUUGCACUGGAUUGCUUCACGCAGUGGAUCGUAGAACAGUACUUAAUGAACAAACAGACCUGCACUUAAAGUUGAAAAAUUACCAAAAUACCCUAUUUAUUAGCAGGAUUUAUCUUUCAUUUUAUGUCUCCUCUAAUAAGAAACUAUCCGUUCUAGUAAACUUCUGUCCGUAUAGCCUCAAUAAAGCUUAGACCAAAGGGUGGAGCUGCAUGGAUGACACUCGGACAGCCAUGUUUGACCCUUGUGUCUGUGCUGCUGCCUAGGUUUAAAGUAGUGUCUCACAGUUAUUUAGCCUGCUGUAUCCUGUAAUACAAUAGACAUAAAUAACAUUUCUAGACUAAUUCCUGUUAAGCUCAUUGUCCUUGCACAAACAAGUGCAGCCUUGCGAGGAAAGGCUGAAGUUGCAGGUUUGGUAUUUAAAUGGUUUUGCUGAACUGGCUGAAACAGGAAGGAAGUUAUUGAGUGUUUCUUUGGGGCCUGAGUAUAUUUGCAUUUUACAUAAGGUAAAGUUAGGCCUACCAUUUUGCUUGCCAUAACUAAAGCAUUUAGGGACACAGUCGCUAUUGUGAGGUGACACAAAAAAUACACCAGCUAAAGUCCCUACAGAUCUGUGUAUGUAGGCCGAGAAGGAAGAAGUGUCCUAUGAACACAAUCACCUUUCUUCUCUUACGUAUGGAAGGGAUAUUUUUCCUUCAACUCUUUAUUGAAUGGUUUUUAAUAGUCUUUCAAAUCUAUUAUUACAAAUAUAGGGGCAGAUUUCUCAAAGUGUGACAUUAGAGCUCACCACAGUAAAUUUCCCCCAUUUUCUAUUCAUUCCUAUGGGAUUUUUAGAGUUAUAUUUUACUGUGGUGAGCUCUAAUUUCACCCUUUGCUAAAUCUGCCCCAUAGAGUGAAGGAAUGUUUAGGACAUGCAAUAAGCUUAUGGCAUCAGAAUUUACUUUCCAGGGACAGGUAAAUAGAAAAUAAAUCUUUUUUUUAGAAUGCAUUUCCCUUUGUCACGGUCUGAAAUGUAUCUGCAUUUUGGUUUGUGAACCAACGGUUAAGAGAAAAUUGUAAUGGAUUUCAUUUAUCUAGAGAUGGUUAAUGACAAUUUGCCAUUGUGCCUUAAGUAAACGGGGUUAUUUAUUGAGCUUGUGACGUCUAUGGACUGAUAGCCUUAAGAAUCCCACCUUGUAUUUUAUACUCUGCAAAUGUGUAACUCUUUUUACUCACCUUUCUAAUAAAGUCCUGUUUGUAUUUGAA